CCAAUUCGGACUCCGACCCACGCGGAAAAGAUCAAAGGAUUCCGUGUUUCCGACUUGUGAUCAGAUUAUAAAGCCGCCGCCGCGUCAGGUUCCCAACCAUUCUAUAUCUUCGCCGACUCCGCCGCCGCGGCCGCGCCGCCCUCCUCCAUGGCCCGCUCACCGUCGCCGCCCAACAAGCCGCCGUGCGCAGCCUUCGACUCCCACCCCUCCGAUGCGGUGCUCGUCAGAUCGCACCUCCGCCCCUGGAUCGCCUCCGAGCUCAAGGCCGGCACGUUCAUCCACGAGGCCGACGUCUACUCCGUGGACCCCGCCGACCUGACCCGGGAGUUCCCGCCAGCGGUCGCCCAGGACGGCGAGCGGGCGUGGUACUUCUUCACCCCGCUGCACCGCAAGAGCGGCCGUGGGGAGCGGAAGGCGCGCACCGUCGCCACUGGGGACGGGUGGUGGCACAACGAGGCGAAAUCGAAGCCCGUCGUCGACGGCCUCGAGGGGGGGCAACAGAUUGGGCACCGCCAGAGCUUCUCCUUCAUGAAGAAGGAGGGCGGUGUGCGGGUCAGGACGGGGUGGCUCAUGAUGGAGAUCCGCCUCGAACGCGACCACGGGCACGAAGCUCAGGAAGAGGACUCGUUGGGAAAUCGCGUCCUGUGCAAGGUGUACCGCAGCCCGCGUAACCCCGAGCCCAGCGACAGCAAACCCACGGCGGCGGCGGCGGCGCCUGGACUCAAGGCGGAGGCCGACGACGACGAAUCUAGUGCGGCAACGGCGUCUGGACCCAAGGGGAAGGCGGACAACGACGACAGCUCCGAUGCAUCGCUAGCGGCGGCGGCAUCUGGGCGCAAGAGGAAAUCCGGCAACGAGGAAUCCAGUGCGGCCACGGCCACGGCGGCGACGCCUGGCCGCAAGGAGAAGGCGGCGGACGACGAGCACUCCGUCGAGACAUCGGCGGCGGCGCCUGCACGCAACAGGAAGGAGGCGGACGACGACGAGAGCUCGGGCGCGGCAUCGGCGGCGGCGUCUCCGCGCAAGAGGCAGGCCGACGGCAACAGCUCUGGCGCUCCCGUGACCGAGUUGCAGGUGCGGUGCCCUAACUGCGGGUGCGGGUUCCAUCUCGAUGUAGCUGAGGCAGUCGUGGCCGCAGCAAAAUCCAAAGUGGGGACCAAAAUGGAGGCGGGGAUUGCUCAGGUCGACCGCCCGUUCAUCAAGUUCCUGUGAGAUUCAGUGUGAGAUCCCAAACAACUGUUGAGCCGUGAUCGCGAGCAACCCGGACACCUCCUCUGUGAGCUGAGCCAUCAUCGGCACUGAAUGUCGCUUCCCAUGUAGUAAAAGAGUCGUCAUCUAAAAAAAUGAAGCAAAAAAGAGUACAUCUACGAGGUUCAGGAUGGAUAAUUAGGAUAGCUUCUUGAUAUGCUUCCCUCGAACUAUUUCAGCCUCCAACAUCACCUCAUGCCUAGCUUGGAUGUGUCUUCCGUAAGUGCAGACGAAGGUCAAUCUUGUUUGUUCUGACCUUUCUGCUUUGCUCAUCUUGGAGCUGCAGGCAGAUGAAUAUCCAAAUUCAGAUGAAAGCAUACUUGCUAGCCAAAGAUGCGGCAGAAUGAUAUAACGCACUCAAUGUUAGAAUACGAA